UGAAGGCGGUCCACAUAGCAUAAUAUUGCUGGUGCAUAGUGCAUUUCUCUGAGAGCCUUUAAUGGCUGUUCUGCUGCUUCUUCUCCUUUUAGCGGCUUAUGCUUCUGCUUCUUCUGACGGAGAUGCCUUUGUUGGAGCCAACAUUGGGACAGAUGUCUCUGACAUGCCAAAUCCAACACAGAUUGUAACCUUACUUAAGUCUCAGAACAUCCAACAUGUGAGGCUCUACGAUGCUGACCGAGCCAUGCUCCUUGCACUUGCCAACACAGGAAUCCGAGUAACUGUUUCUGUCCCCAACGACCAGAUCCUUGGCAUUGGUCAGUCCAAUGCCACCGCAGCAAACUGGGUUACUCGCAAUGUCAUAGCUCAUUACCCUUCAACCAACAUAACGGCCAUAGCUGUAGGAUCAGAAGUCCUUACUACCCUCCCAAAUGCAGCUCCUGUCCUGGUCUCUGCCCUUAAAUUCAUUCACUCUGCCCUCGUUGCUGCUAAUCUUGACCAACAAAUUAAGGUCUCUACUCCUCAUUCAUCUUCCAUCAUCAUUGACUCGUUCCCUCCUUCACAAGCAUUUUUUAACCGCACUUGGAAUCCAGUCUUAGUUCCCUUGCUUAAGUUUUUGCAAUCUACAAAUUCAUAUUUCAUGCUUAAUGUAUAUCCUUACUAUGAUUACAUGCAAUCAAAAGGUGUAAUCCCCCUUGAUUACGCAUUGUUUCGCCCUUUGCCUCCAAACAAAGAGGCUGUUGAUGCCAACACCCUCCUGCAUUAUACUAAUGUGUUUGAUGCUGUGGUUGAUGCUGCGUAUUUUGCCAUGUCCUAUUUGAACUUCUCCGACAUCCCUAUUGUAGUGACUGAAUCAGGAUGGCCUUCAAGAGGUGAUUCCUCUGAGCGAGACGCCACUAUUGACAAUGCCAAUACGUACAACAGCAACUUGAUUAGACAUGUCCUCAACAACACGGGCACUCCCAAACAUCCAAAGAUCUCUGUUAGUACUUAUAUCUAUGAGCUGUUUAAUGAAGACUUGAGACCAGGUCCAGUGUCCGAGAGGAACUGGGGUUUAUUUUAUGCCAAUGGUGCACCGGUUUACAUGUUACACUUGACUGGGGCUGGCGCUGUGUUGGCAAAUGAUACUACAAACCAGACCUUUUGUGUUGCCAAGAAUGAUGCUGACCCUAAAAAGCUCCAGGCUGGACUUGAUUGGGCUUGUGGACCGGGGAAGGUGGAUUGUUCUUCUUUGCUAGAGGGUCAACCGUGUUACGAACCAAAUAAUGUGGUAGCGCAUGCCACAUAUGCGUUCAAUGCAUAUUAUCAGAUGAUGGCUAAGUCUGCUGGGACCUGCGAUUUCAAAGGGGUUGCCAGUGUCACCACUACAGACCCAAGUCAUGGUUCUUGUGUGUUUCCUGGAAGUGAUGGUAAAAACGGCACGAGCAUAAAUGGCACAUCCCUGGCUCCCUCGUCCAAUAUGACAGAUUCAGGUUGCUUGUCACAAUACUACUACAAGGAUGGUUCUUUGCCAAGCUUCGUGAUUACAAUAGGUCUUUUACAUCUGAGUGCACUUGUCAUGUAAACAAGGUUCAUUUUGGACUAUAAUUUAUGGAGGCAUGCUCUCUCCAGGGGCCUUCUGGUAAGAUUUGCUAGCAAACCCAGUUUUGUGUUCUUCAGGUAGAGGGUUUGUCUGUGAAUGGCAAAGGGUGACUAAAAUGUAUAUGGGCAAAUUGUAUCACGAGUUGUCCGCUGGAAUUUGUACAAACAAA